AGUUUCCGUGAAACCUCUCUCCAAAAAUGCUGAAAUCAGCCACAGGCAGAUUGGCCACUGUCUUGAAGAGUUCCUUGCUCCCAACAGCCAGAGCUAGUGCCAUUGUCUCCGUGAGGAAAUCGCAUGGCGGCCCGGUCGAAUCAGACGAAGAAUUCGAUAACAGAUAUGAGGCGUUUUUCAACAGAAAAGACAUCGACGGCUGGGAGAUCCGCAAAGGUAUGAAUGACUUGUGUGGCAUGGAUCUGGUGCCCGACCCAAAAAUCAUAAAGGCUGCGAUGUACGCUUGCAGACGGGUGAAUGACUAUGCACUCGCUGUCAGGUUUCUGGAGGCCUGCAAGGACAAAUGUGGCCCUAAAGUUAAUGAAAUCUACCCAUACCUUAUCCAGGAAGUCAAACCCGUUCUCACAGAGCUUGGCAUCGAUACACCCGAGGAGCUCGGCUAUGACAAACCUGAAUUAGCUCUACAAAGUGUUUUCGAGAUGUAAGGUCACCGGUGAUAUAUAAGUUGUAGAAAAAUUUGUAUGAUAGUUGUCGACAAUUGUAUUUUUGAAUUAUGGGAAGAAAGCC